AUGGCUCCAGUUAGCACCAGAGAUCAAAACAGCCGACACGUCGAGGCUCAGAUGCCAUUUAACCCGCCAGAAGAGAUACCUCCGCAAGAGCCUAGCCAGUCCAAACCGCCGCCGCAGCAUCAAGAUGAACAGUCGUCGCAAAAGAAAUCUUCAGAACAAUUGAGAGCUCGUCAGAAAGUGCUUGUAUUGAAGAGGGAUGUCCUUCCAGAGCAAGACCUUGACAAGGGUAUUGUCGGAUGGGAAGGGCAAGAUGAUCUAGAAAAUCCACGGAAUUAUACCUCAAUGCGCAAAUGGACCAUCCUUUUCCUCGUGAGCUCAAUGACACUGAUUAGUCCAUUUGCGUCUUCUGUUUUUGCGCCCGCCGUUCGCUUCGCCGAUGUCGAAUUUCACAACAAUUCAACAUUGCUGAGCACUUUUGUUGUCUCAGCAUAUGUCCUUGGCUACGCGAUUGGGCCGCUGUUCCUCUCACCACUUAGUGAGAUAUAUGGUCGAAGAAUUAUCUUGAAUAUCGCGUCACUACAUUUCACGGUGUGGCAGAUCGGCUGCGCACUGGCGCCCAAUAUCUCGUCUUUGAUUGUCUUUCGGUUGCUCACAGGCAUGGGUGGGUCAGCUUGCUUGACUAUCGGGGGCGGUACGAUAGCAGAUCUAUUCGAGAAGGAACAGCGUGGGCUGGCUAUGUCUAUCUUCACUGCAGGGCCUCUGUUUGGACCCGUUCUGGGUCCAAUUUGUGGAGGCUUCAUCGCUCAGGGGCCAGGAUGGAGAUGGGUCUUUUGGACCCUGUUGAUCGUCGCAGGAGCAUGCACAAGUCUUAUUCUCAUCUUCUAUCGCGAAACUAACCACACUGUCCUCAUCCGCGAGAAGACUCGGCGCCUUGCAAAAGAGCUGAAACGCAGCGACUUGAUAAGUUGCUACGACAAAACGCAGGGCCAACGCUCAGCAGGGACCCUUCUUGUUCGCAGCUUGAUAAGGCCAGCAAAGAUGUUGUUUAUGUCGCCUAUCGUUGGACUGUUGGCAAUCUAUGUUGCUCUGAUAUAUGGAUGCCUCUACUUGCUCUUCACGACAGUCACCGACGUCUUCCAAAGAACGUAUCUUUGGAGUCCUGACUUGACUGGUCUCGCUUAUAUCGGGUUGGGACUCGGGUUGCUCUGUGGACAGGCUCUUUUUGGACUCUCAAGCGACCGCAUCAUCAUCCGCCUCACCCACGCCAAUGACGGAGUCUACCAACCCGAGAUGCGACUGACAAUGUGUUUGCUCUAUGCAUUUUUUGUUCCCAUAUCCUUCUUUUGGUACGGAUGGUCGAUUCAGGCCAAGGUACACUGGAUUGUGCCUAUCAUUGGCCUCCUCCCAUUUGGAUUUGGAAUGAUUGGGAUCUUCACGUCCAUCCAGACAUACAUCAUCGACUCAUACUCCAGGUACGCAGCUUCCGGGAUAGCUUCAGUGACGGUGACGCGAUCCUUUUUCGGGGCUUUCCUUCCACUCGCAGGGCCUUCGCUGUAUCAACAACUUGGAUAUGGAUGGGGAAAUUCAAUGCUGGGGUUUAUUACUCUCGCUUUGAUUCCAGCACCAGUUCUUCUACGGCAAUAUGGAGGGGUCUUGAGGGAACGUUUCCCUGCGGAACCAAGUCACAGAAAAAGAAAGUGCCUUCGGACUGCGGAGCAUGUCGAGGCUCUGAAGGCUAGGAUUGAAGCUUUGGAGUCAUGCAUAAAGAACCUCACUCGUCCUGCACAUCUGAAUGGUAUACUUCCCGCGUCAGAAUGUCAAUUGCCUGGGCGCUCUAGCAUAGAUCAUCCUUCCGAUUGUUCCACAGAGCAUCCUGACAACGACAUCUCCUGGGUCACGCCGAAAUUCGUCCUCACGCGACACGCAACUGAAGAGGCCGAGGACAGCUUUCAGGGCUAUUCCGGAGACCGGGCGUUCAUCCAACGGAUGCGGGAAGAUAUAAAAAACUGGCCAGGCGACAAUGUUCGUUCACGAAUACGCCCUCCAAGUAGGCCAGUUGCAAAGUUGUUUGAUUGUGAUUACUCUCCUGCGGUGACCGUCUGCCUUCCCUCAAAAGCAAAGGCUCGAGCUUUAGUAGAUGCUGCAUUGGAAUCAUAUUCCCUUUUCCCCAUCCUACAUCGACCGAGCUUCGACCGCUGCUUUGACGACAUAUAUGCACUCGGAUCCGAUGAAUCUACGGCCGAAGAGCUGCGUUUUCUUCCUCUCCUCUAUGCAGUCCUCGCUCUCGGCUGUAUAUUCAUCCAGAAAGACACCGGGCAGUCCUCUCGCGAGCUGGAAAUCACCGAGGGGCUACAAUACUUUGCUGCCAGUCGAGCAUUUAUCGACCUUGGCGAUUGUACAGAUGAAAUAUCCCUCCAAACCAUGACCUUCCUUAUUCUCUUCACAAUAGGUAAUGCUCGUGCUGGGACCUGUUACUCAUACGUAACACAUGCACUAACGCUUGCCCUCCGAAUGGGUCUCCAUCGUUCAAAGUCCAAAUACGACGAUCUAAUCGAGCGAGAAGUAAGCAAGCGAAUUUUCUGGGUGUUGAGACUUCUCGGAAAUUAUUUUGCAACGGCAUGUGGCAUGCCUAGGCUCUUAAACGAUGAAAAUGUCGACCAAGAUUUGCCGGUGGAAGUAAAUGAUGCUUACAUCACAAAAGAAUCCAUUUCACCUCAGCCUCCGGAGGAGGUGUGUACAAUAGCGGGUCUAAACACCAUUAUCGCCCUUCACAAGAUCCUGGAUCAGGUCGUCCGGGACAUAUACCCACCAAGAGGUGUAGGCAAAAUUCCGGGAUCACAGGCCACAACAUAUCUAGUCAGCAUUGAGAAAAUCAAGGAUAUCGAGAGAGCUCUCAAGGGGUGGACAGAAAAUCUGCCCUUUGGGUUUCGUCUAAAAUCCCACUCGACGUCCAGAUCUUUACUACGGACGCAGUAUCUCCUUUGCAUGUCCCAUGCGCAUGUUCAGCUCUACCUCUACAGACCUUUCAUUCAUUACCUCUCCAAACCUCUUGCUCAAAGUACAUCAUCGUCCAACAUCACUUUUUCACCCUAUGCAGCGGCCUGUGUUCGAGCGUGUCACACUAUUUUGAAUUUAAGCGGAGAAUUGUACAAAAAUGAUCUUCUCCAAGGCGGAAAUUUUACAGUCUUGCAUAUGGUGUUCGGGUCUGUCGUGACACUUAUGUUCAUUGUUCUCGACUCUGCCGACUGGGAAGGCAGAGAAUUGGCGUUCAAGGAUAUAUCAAUCGGUCGAAAGGCGAUUGCUUUUCUUGCGAAUGGAAAUGACGCUGCCGAAAGAGCGCAGACCAUUCUAGAGACGAUGAUUGCUCUUCUCCCUGCGGAAUUUGCAGAGACUAGAGAACGCCUCGAACACCAAAGGCUGGGGGCCACUGAUCUGGCCGUUGCAGAUUCUGGCGAAGCCGAUUCAUCUCUCAUGCCCGUCGGUCUUGACGGUCAAGACUUAGGAGAGGUGCCCGUCGGCCAGAUGGGUCCCAUUUUCCACGUUGAAGCACAGUUUGAUCAUCCGACAACAUCGACCAGCCAUUCAUUCGAAAAAAGCCAACAAAUAGAAGCUAGCACAUCAAAAUGUCUGCCAUCUACAACACUAUCACCGGAUGUGCCAAAUACAUCAACCAUGUCACGCGCGAGAGCUGAAGACAGCACGGUCUCGGCUCCUGUCCAUCAGGAGCCCGGGGGUUGGAGAGUGCAGCGCCGCCUGUCUCCACAGCCCGCCGUGCCGUUCAUUUUCCAAGGCGGCGGCGCCGAGCCCAGGAUGAUGCCCCCUCCGUAUGGAGAUCCAACCACCGAGUUCCUUGAAGCACAGCCAUUUGACUUCUCUACCAAUUAUCUGGGAGACGUAUGGAGUGGCAUGAAUCAAUUUCCUGGACCUAUUAUUUCAGACCAGGCCAUCAACGGCCUUCAGAUGAUGGAUGUACCCAACCUAAUGGGCUUGCACCAGUACGGAAGCCUAUUCAAUUUCGACUAUCUACCUUGA